AUGUCAGUCUCCAUCGACGAUCGGCAUUCUCUCCCAAGAGGAAAGCAGAAGUCAAGGGAAUCAGAAGAAAAGGUGCUUGUUUACGAUGUCGACUCCUCAAACGAGCUAUACCUACGACUGUUUGUGCAUUUGACCACGCAUCUCUACACUACCGGUAUGCAGGCCGGUUACGACGUUUACACGGACGAAGAAAUACGCUCGGUGCGCGACUGUGUAGGGGACAGACUGUUGCGGGCACUGGACCCCUUAGUCCGCCCAACCGAGAUCGAAGCGUCUGAAGACAAGCUCUCAAAGCUACGGUCCGUGUUCCUGCUGCUUUUGGGCACUGUAUUCGAUCAGACUGUAUCGCGAUGGCGUAAGCAGGAGUCCAAGCAAGAAGCGUUGCUGCGGCUCUUGUGCCACUACUUGAUAUACAUCGGGAAAGCUACAGCACUAUUGGAAAGCUCAAGCGAGGAGAGCACCUUGCUUGAUAGAUGGAGAACACCAUGGAACAAGCCUGCAGCUUUCACCUGGAAUUGCAACCAGGGCUUAGAGAUGCACUACCGUAUAGAACCUUUAGCCAACUGGAUUAUAUCAUCAUCCGAAGACGAGUCACUCAGCAGCAUCGACGUCGACCUAUCAGAGUUCAACGAUGUCGCCAUGUUCACCGAGGACGGGGACUUGCUCAAGUGCUCAUCCUGCGGAACGUUAUGGACCGAGGUGGACCAGGCUGGACUGUGUCUGAUAUGCCAGAAGCCUGAAUACCAAGACGAGGGCUUCACACAACUCUUAUCUUUCGAAAGCGACUUUGACUUUCCAGCAAACCAGUUAGUUAGGGUUGGUGAGCAGCUGGACACUGACAUGGCUACCGAAAGCUUCGAUCAGUCACUGACUGAACAUGAGAUCGCCGCCGGGAAGAUGUAA